UUCCAUUCUCACAAGACAAAGUCCCUCGGAUGGCGGGUCCUCCCAUUGCAGAAGGUGUGGUGCAUGCUUGAAGACAACAAAGCCCGCAUCGUCGAGGCCCUACAUGACGACCUUCACAAGCACGAACUCGAAUCUCUUUCGGUUGAUGUCUGCGGCAUACAAACCGCAUGUCUAUAUACAUUUAAGAACCUGAAAGCAUGGACAUCGGACAAUAAGCCGUCGAGACUCAGGGCCGUCAACUUCUUUGGCCGAUCAAGGGUUCGAGAAGAGCCGAACGGCCUCGACCUCAUACUCUCUGCAUGGAAUUAUCUUUUUAUGGAACUCUUCGAACCGAUGAUGUGUGCGAUAGCUGCGGGAUACAGGUAG